AUGGCUACUUCCCAUCCCAACGCUGACAUCGCCAACAACAACAUCUGCCCUUUAGUUGACCAAGAAAUACAGAUGUGCCCCUUAAUUCCCUCCACUGGCGACCCCUGCCUUGAUCUCUUUUCCAACUCCCUCAGAAGUACAUGGGAAAUAGAUACUAACCACUGCCUUAUAUAUCUGAAGCAAAUUCUUCCCUUGGCCUGGUCCCACAAUCCCCUUACCACUCUCAAGCUCAUCUUCAGCAACGAGCGUAAGUCAUUUUCUUACAGAAAGUUGGACACGGCUGUCUUUUGGCUCCUCCAGAACCACCCCAAGACUCUACUACGCAAUCUCCGCUCUAUUGCCGACUUGCCUGGGUCUUGGAAUUUGGAGACACUUGCCAAUCUUGUGCACAAGCUUUUAGUUUAUAAACGAGGCGGCAGAGACGACGAAGACUACGCUGCGCAUCUUCAUCCUAAGAGGUACGACCGUGACCCGGAUUAUAGGUUGUUACAUGACGGGGUUAUGGAUCUCUUGGUGGAGCUGUUAAAGUCUGAUAUCGACAAAAUGAAGCAGCACAAGCUGAAAAUGAAGCCGCUUACGGAUGGUGUCGAAGAAUUCGAGGCGGAUGAAAUUGAUGAUGGUUGUUUGGUAUCCGGGGCUGCAGAGUUAUGCACCAGAGACGACGACGAGUACAGAGCCAUUUUUCUGAAUGAAAGCAUUGCGAGGAGGCUUUUCCCUCCCGAAUCAGAUGUAUCAGAAGAGUGGGAACGGCUAAGGAAGGAUUUUUUGGUGCCCUUGACCAAUUACUACGAACGUCAAUUACACUUUACAAUCCGAGACGAGUGUGUGGUUAAGAAGUAUUUAAAGGAGGUGGAAGCAGGAGGGGGACGGAAUUUGAUAAAGCCGGAUGCUUUGCUUCCGGAUGAGAUUAUAAAAUAUGUAGGAGAUAAAUAUGAGGAUGUGAGGGAAGCGGCUGAGCUUCAGUGGAAGGCAAUGGUGGAGGACAUAAAGCAACAGCAAAAGCAGGGGAAGGGUUUGAGCAAACUCAAAAACUGCUUGGUGGUGGGCCCUUAUCCUGCAGACCAUUAUUCGAGCACAGAGGUGGGUUUGGUACUUUUUAUGUCUGAACUGAAUGAAGAGCCAUGGAAAGGGAAGUUGAUAAAAUACAGCGGUGGAAAAUAUCAGCUAGACUUGAUCCAAGGCCAUGAUCUCAAGUCCAAGAUGGAAUUUAUUAAGUGUGAACCAACGACGACACCCGCGAAGGUACGUAAUAUUCUGGAGGUGUUUGAUUUGAUUUUGGAGGUGGGUGUGAAUGAAAAUUUGAAGGCAGAGCAGAUGAUCAAGAAGGUUUUUGUGUUUACUGGGCUACACACACCUAAUGGUGGUCGCUCGGAGAUUGAGCAUGAGUUAUUGCGGGCCAAGUUUGAGGCAAUACGGAGCAAAUAUAAGGACAAAGGGUACGGGGAUGAUGCGGUGCCACACAUUCUGUUUUGCGAUGAUAAUCAACCGCACUGGAUUUGUACUAAACAUCCAGGCUUCACGCGGUUGGGUGGCUUUUGGAACUUAAACUACCACAUUUCCAAGUCCUUGUGGGAAAAUGGAGGGGAAAUUGGCAUGCACCAUGUCAUGGAUGCCGCCAUCGCUGACAAACAGUAUCAAGCUUUCUCUGUGUUCGAUUGA